AUGCUCAUGUUAAAAAAAAAAAAGAAAAUAUCUUUGCCGUUAUUCCUUUACUAUAACACUAAUCCUUACGUGUCUCUAUCUCCUCUCUCUCUCUCUCUCUCUCUCUCUCUCUUCAUCCCCCACACACACCUACUAGAACGACCCUCUAUUAGUAAAGACCACCUAGUUUUGCAUGAAGACGGCGUUCGUCACAACAACCGGGAGCGGGAUCCCAACUGCCCGCUUCCCCGUCUUGUUUGUGUUGAGUCAUCACCUUCGUUGUGUCACCACAACCGCCGUGAAUCCACCUCAGUUGACACCCGGCACUUCCACGUUCAACUGACCCCACCCUUCUGUUCAGACGAUGCCGUGACUGUUUUAUUUAUUUAUUUAAUUUUUUUUCUUUCUCAUUUCCGUGUCAUAAUCGACAACGAGAUAGCAGCCAUUGCAUAUGGGGCUGAAUGUGCGUAUCUAUGUAUCUAUCUAUCUAUCUAUCUAUCUCUUUUUCUCUUUUGA